CACUGCAGAUGUCUUCUGUGUGAACUUGUGUGGCUGUUAGUUUGUCCCAGGUCCCACCAACAGCUGACUUCUCUUUUGGCUUUUCUGCUAGUUGGUGUACUCACGACCGACGAUGAGGGUGUGGAUCAUCUUCCUCCUGUGCCUAGCUGGCCAGGCUUUUGCCGCUUCCAUUACUGAGGAGCAGCCCAUCCUUGAUGAGCCUGUGGUGGAGGAGGAGCCAAUCAUGGAGGAGGAUGAGGUAAUGCCAGAGGGGGGGGCCAACCCAGUUCAGGUGGAGACCGGGGAAUUCGACGAGGCCAUCGAAAUUAUUGAGGAGGAUGUCAACGCCGAGAACCCCUGCUUGAACCACCACUGUAAGAAGGGAAAGGUGUGCGAGGUCGACGAGGAGAACACCCCGAUGUGUGUCUGCCAGGACCCAACCUCCUGCCCCGCAUCUGUUGGGGAGUUUGAGCAUGUCUGUGCCACCGACAACACAACCUACGACUCUUCCUGCCACUUCUUUGCCCACAAGUGCAGUCUGGAGGGAACCAAGAAGGGGCACAAGCUCCACCUUGACUACAUCGGGCCAUGCAAAUUCAUUGAGCCCUGUUUGGAUGCUGAGCUGAAUGAGUUCCCACUGCGUAUGAGAGACUGGCUGAAGAACGUUCUGGUCACUCUGUACGAGCGCGACGAGGAGAACAACCUACUGACUGAGAAGCAGAAGCUCAGAGUGAAGAAGAUCUAUGAGAAUGAGAAGAGACUCCAGGCAGGAGAUCACUCCCUGGACCUGUUGGCCCAUGACUUUGAGAAGAACUACAACAUGUACAUCUUCCCUGUCCACUGGCAGUUUGGUCAGCUGGACCAACACCCCAUUGACGGGUUCCUCUCUCACACCGAGCUGGCCCCCCUCCGUGCCCCCCUCAUCCCCAUGGAGCACUGCACCACCCGCUUCUUCGAGCAGUGCGAUUCUGACAGUGACAAAUACAUCGCCCUCGAGGAGUGGGCUAAAUGUUUCGGCAUCAAGGAUCAGGAUGUCGACAAAGACCUGGUCAUCUAAAAUUGUCAGCGGACCUAUGACAGCUAGUCUCUGUUGGGACACGGUGCUAAGCUGAUCCCUAAAUUAAAACACAGUAACGGUGCUAAUUGCAAACUAAUUAACGAACUACCUAUACCACUAAAAUUGAUGAAAAAGAGAUAUGCACAGUCUACUAACAGUCACGAAAGGUGAUCAUGAUGCAACUUCAAUUUUUCUUGUUAAUGCAAAUUAAUAAGCAUUUACAGCCAGAUAGAUUAGAGGAGGUAACAGAAAAAGACUUUUGAUGGAAGGGAGAUGUACAUGUAUUAAGGGAUUGUAUGUUGAAUGGGUUAUUCUUAUUUUUUUUUCACUUGAUCAGGGCAUGGAUUUAAUAACAUCAAUCUGAACAUACUUUGGAGGAGACAAAAUUGUAAAAUUUUAAAUAAAGUUUCUAAAUAAAUGCUCCCUUUGCUUGCUUUGUAA